UGCAGACACCGGAAGUAGAUACGUUGGAUGCAGACACCGGAAGUAGGACAUUGCGUCACUGCGGUGGGGAAUUCAAACUUCGACAACAGGACAUCACUGAGCGAGAGGGCUGGAAAUAUUACAAAAUACUAAGUUGUGUUUUCGGCGAAGAUGGACAGCGCGGCGGAACUCCUCAAGUACUAUGAAGUCUACGAGACCAUCGGCUCCGGAGGAUUUGCUAAGGUCAAGCUGGGUCGCCACAUCCUGACGGGAGAGAAGGUGGCCAUUAAAAUCAUGGAGAAGAAGGAACUGGGGGAGGACCUUCCUCGUGUGAAGGUGGAGAUAGAGGCCAUGAAGAGUCUGAGCCAUCAGCAUGUCUGUAGACUGUACCAUGUUAUCGAGACUAAUACCAAGAUAUACAUGAUCCUGGAGUAUUGUCCGGGAGGAGAGCUGUUUGACUACAUCAUCGCUAAGGACCGUCUGUCUGAAGAGGAGACCAGAGUGUUCUUCAGACAGAUCGUCUCAGCUCUGGCCUACGUCCACAGCCAGGGGUACGCCCACAGAGACCUGAAACCGGAGAACCUGUUGAUAGAUGAAGACCACAACCUGAAACUGAUCGACUUUGGUCUCUGUGCCAAACCAAAGGGGGGUCUGGGAUAUGAGCUGAUGACCUGUUGUGGAAGUCCAGCCUAUGCUGCUCCUGAACUCAUCCAGGGUAAAGCCUACAUCGGCUCGGAGGCUGAUGUGUGGAGUAUGGGGGUGCUGCUGUUUGCUCUGCUCUGUGGAUAUCUGCCCUUUGAUGACGACAACUGUAUGGUCCUCUACAGGAAAAUCACCAGAGGUAGUUACAACAACCCUCAUUGGCUGUCUCCUGGGAGCAUCCUGCUACUCAACCAGAUGAUGCAGGUGGAUCCUAAGCAUCGUGUGACCAUCAGACAACUCCUAGACCAUCCCUGGACGAUGUCUGGCUAUGGCACCCCUGUAGAGUGGUACAGCACGCAACCUUUGGGUUAUAUAGAUGAGGACUGCAUCACUGAGAUGUCCGUCAGCCAGAAGAUCUCCAGACAGAGCACCCUGCAGCUGGUCAAUGAGACUCUACUCUUCGAUGAUGAUGAUGAUGAUGAUGCUGAGGACCGUUGCUAUGAUGACGACCUGCCCUGGGUUCCGCUCACACCCCAGCAAGAGAGAGCGACCUGUCCGUCUGCUGAAAAGAGGCGGGAUCAGACUAAACACGCCCCCACUCCGGAGAGGGAGCCAAUCGCGCUCCACCACCGUCACCAGGAGAGGCGGGACCGAUGCCGGAACGGACCAAUGAAAACAAAGAGAACGUUGCCGUGGCCAAUAAGGAUGCUGAUAUAUUUGCUUUGCCGCCCCCGAUCCCCAGUAGCCAAUAGGAAGGCAACUCGGCCCAAUAAGAGGGUCUUGACGACACCAACCCAUAAUAAUACCAACAAGGUUGGCAACAAGGUAGACACACCCCAAGGAGGAGGCAGUACUUGUAAGGACCCGUCGAGGAAGAGACCGAGGGAGAGAGUGGAAGGAAAGGAGGAAGAAGAGAUGGAGAUACUGGCCUUCAGCCCAGAGAGAAGGUCCCGGUCGUUAGACCUGGCGGGGGCGUCUCGGGGGGACAGCAGCCAGAAGAGAAGAGGGGGGAAGGUUUUCGGCAGUCUGGAGAGAGGCCUGGAUAAAGUCAUCACCUUGCUCACACCCAGCAAGAGACGAGGGCUGCGGGACAGACCACGCAGGAUCAAGGCCCAGUAUAAUGUAACGUUGACCAGUCAGACCAACCCAGACCAGGUGUUGAACCAGAUCCUCUCCAUUCUACCGGAGAAACACGUCGACUUCGCACAGAAAGGCUAUACUCUGAAGUGUCGCACCCAGUCAGACUUUGGGAAGGUGACCAUGGCGUUUGAGCUGGAGGUGUGUCUGCUGCACAGACCUGAGGUGGUGUGUGUGAGGAGACAGCGGCUGAAGGGAGACUCCUGGGUUUACAAACACCUGGUGGAGGACAUUCUCUCUACGUCCAGCAUCUAGACGUCACUACUUCCUGUCAAUGAUGUCACAUCCUGUCCACGUUCCAGCACCUAAAGCCAGUGUCUUAACUAAUUCCAUGUAGGGCAGAGUGUCUGCAGGUUCACUCCCCCCCACCUGGUUGUCUAGGGCCUCCCCUCACCUGGUUGUCUAGGACCUCCCCCUCACCUGGUUGUCUAGGACCUCCCCCUCACCUGGUUGUCUAGGACCUCCCCCUCACCUGGUUGUCUAGGACCUC